AUGGAAUUCAGUCAUUUGUUGGCUGAAUUGAAAAAUGCAUCAGAAGAAUAUGGAAAAGAUGCAUCACAGAAUUGGUCAGAAACAUCACAAUUUUGCCAAACCGUGUGCAAGGUUGCAGAUAAUCUAGAAAAGCACAUCAAGAAAUAUGAAAACCAAAUUAUAGGAUUAUGGGUGAUAUACGGCUAUGUGACAGAACUGUACCCGAAGCUAGAGAGGGGACAGUCUACCUUCACAUUAUGUCAAAAACUAUUCAAUGUCAGUGCUCAGAUUGUCCUGGAUGUGCAGUUCGGACAACUAGACGAAGAUCAGCCUUACAAAAACAAUUUCCGAAACACCCUGACAGCUUUCCACCAGGUUGUGUCGGAGAGGGAAGGGUCCAGUCGAUUCAGUGUGAUACUAUCGUUAAUGGAGACCCAUUGGAGUCACCCUGUCCUGGGUCAGGUCAUGUCAAAUGAUGAAGAUGAUGAAGAAGGCUCAGGACUGGAAUACAUUACAAGUGAAGAUCCAGAUAUAUUAAGAUUGCGAGUAGAAAUGAUGUUGCAACAGAACUGUGAAGAGUUCGCUCUCAAUCUAUGUACCUGGUGUUUGAAGCAUCCAGCGUUAAAAUCUGACCUGGAUAUUCGACAGAUCCAGUUAACACUGAUGAACAAACUACAUGAUUUGGAUAGACUACAGGAAGAGGCUGAAACCAUAUCUCUGAAAGAGUGUGUAGCUCUUGUUCAAAGAUUUAUGGAACUUCCAAAAAACCAGAAAGUUUGUACAGUUUUGACGCAGACAUUUCUCGUUCAGAAUUGGAUUAAAGAAGGGGAUGAUGAGGAAACAAUAGAGUUAUUCAAGCUAUGGAUCAAACAUCAGUAUAUGGUAGAUGAGGAAGAGGAUAAGUUCAUCAGUAAUUUGUGGGCAAUAGCUAAAUUAUCUCGGACCACAGAACAGAUUGUACUUAUUAUAGACCUCAUUAGAGAAAAGUGUGGGGAUUCCCUACUACAGUUUUAUACGGAUAUGUGUAUAUAUGCUAUUAACAUUGACAAAAGUGUGUUGGAAAAAAGUAUGCAAAAUGGUGAAAUGUCAGAAAUACAAACUCAUCAGCAAGAUAUGUCGUUGACGUGUUGCAAAUUAGCCGAUAUAUUUCGUUACAAUAAAUUAAAAACGGCAAGAUACAGCAUAGUGACUGCGUUUUCGUUAAAUCCGUCGUAUUCCAGUUUAACGAAAGUGGAAUCGUUCUAUAAAUCAGAUAAUCCAGCUUUAUUGGUCGAUACUGGACAACAUAUAGUGGCCAAAUGUUGUGGUAAUUGUACAUAUAAUCGUGGUGUAUGUACUCAAAAAAAUAAGGACGAAAAAGACAAAAUCAAUCCUGCGACUGUCUAUGAGGUCGAAAGACUAUUGAAUAUGUUGAGGCCCUAUCAUUUAAAACCAGAACUAUCAUGGAAAGAGUUAGGGCCUGCUUGUACGAAAUAUCUUCAAGAAAGGGAGAGAAUUCUCGCUCUAAUGGCCGAGGCGGAGGCCAAAAAGAAAGCACAACCUAAUCAGUUAAGCCAUCAACAAUUGGCAGCGAGUUUACGUGAAAAACUUUUUGUGGCUGCAGCAGCACCAGUCGAACCCAAACCUUCCCCUAAGCCAGUGCCUGUCCCAGUUGCGACAGUGGAAGCAUCAACAGAAACCAAAUCUUAUGCAAGCAAUCUUCAGCAAGUUGUAGAAAAUCUUCAGAAAAGACUUGGAAAAGCUCCAGCUAGUGCUCAUGGAAAAGUUCGUCCCAGAACUGGACAAAGCAUAAAUUUAGCGAAAAAUUCUGGAAAUAUUGUGAAUAGUUAUUCUAUGAACAGUGCAAAUCAGUUGCCUACAGCAAGCCAGAUACUCGCCCAAAAGAAAUCAGAUGCUGAAUCGAUUCGUCAAAGGACUACUCAGCAAAUUGCUGCAACAAUUCAACAGACUUUUUUAAGGCAACAUGAGCCGGAGAAACCAAAUUUCAUGGUGCGUGUGCAUAAUACAAAUCCAAACCAGGUGCCUACGAAUACAUCCAUAAGACAAACUUUCAUUAAUCCUCCGAAUCAGCCACCUCAAAGGUUUCUGUCCAGACCCCAAGAAAUCACUAAACAGUACUUAAUUCAGCUCCAGCAACGACAGCAAGCAUCUAAAGUUCGGAUGGUGAAACCUCAACAAGUCCAGUCUCCCCAUGUGCAACAAACUUUGAAAAGUCCACAGCAAAUUAUUCACAGCACGGUGGACUCUCUAAAGCAGUUUUCUAACCCGAGUCCUCAAAAAAUCGUUCAUCAGAAAAUCUCCCCCAGUGGACAUACAUAUUCAACAAUUCAGGUGAAGAAAGGGCAAAUGGUCCACGGUUAUCAGCAGUUACAAAAUCCAGUAUCCCAAAGAACAAAUCAAGGGAUUGUAUCAGUAGGAUAUCAAAACACCAGACCACAAUUAAUGAAGCAAACUGUCCAGCCUUCGAGCCAGUUUCAGCAGCGAGUACAAACAACCCAGAUUCGCUCUCAGAAUCCACAGCAACUUAUCUCCUCAGUGUCGACUGUUCAAUCCAUGAAAACAGCCCAAACUGUUGUUAAUAGAAUCACAAUUCCUUCAGCUCAGUAUACACAGGGACAGAAGCAACCAACAUCUCAAGAAGUAAUCCAACAGGCCAAAAAUCAGCUGUACACCCUCUCUCAGAAAAAAAAUCCAUCACAUCCUUUGAUGAGAGUUAAUCAACCACCUGAUGCUCAGAGAAUGCCCACCACGAAUACAUCAACUCAGUUUAUUGAUCCAGGUUCCAAUGUCUAUUCAACCUCACAAGGAGUUCUGCAGAUGCCAUCAGCAGUCAUAACUACAGCGCAAUUUCAACAAGCACAGCAGUUGUUGCAGACACAGUCUUUGAAUCAAGGUGACGUAAAACCCACAAAGGUGCGUGGAUUACCAAUAUCAAGCUCUUCAGCUCAUCAAGCUACUUUGGCUCUGGCUGAUAAAAGUAAAAUAAUCAAGAAAAGACCAGUAACAGCUUCUCAAAAUCAGCUGCUGGCCAAGGCAGAAGCUCAAGGUUACGCCUCUGGGAAAGCGGUAGUGAAGAUCCUUCAAUCACAAGGAUUGAAUAUGAACAGUCCAACUAGUCCAGGAUCAUCUCAAGUAAUACAAGCUGCACCAAAGCUUCAUCCAGCCCCAGGGAACACUCAGCAGCUGAUCAAUGUGAGUCCUCAGCCGUUUGGUUCUCGAAUUGUCACCCUUAAUCAGCCCCAACAGAUGAUACAGAAAACUGUCAUACAGUCCCCUACUGCUCUGCCUACAACAUCCAUCCAGCAUGUAGUCUCCAAUCAGCCAGUAUACCAACAGCAUGUUUUGUCAGCUCCAUUGAACCCUGUCCAAACAGAUUUGAACACUCUUCUUACGGUGGCUUCGGCAAACACUAGAACAAAUUCUUCCCAACCCAUUGCAGUAAUGCCGACGACCAUGAAUGUAUACAGAACAAUGCAACAAAAUGUUUUAAAUCCCACAGUUCUUUCAGUCCAGUCUGACUUGAGCUCCAUAACGCCAACCAUUCCUCAGUUGGACUCUCAGCAGUUUCGUCAGCUACAGAAUCAAGUCACAGCCAGUCAGGCCCAGCAUACCAUUCCAACUCCAAACCUCUCAGCUAAACAGCUGCAAGAAGAACUGAACAAAAUCAAUCGGCAUUCUCAACAAAAUGUGUCCUCCAAUCCAGACAUGACCAUAACUGUAAAGCCUUCCCAACAUGUAGUAUCAUCAAAUCUUCAGAAGCUUCAACCAAAUCUGCUGAGACCAAAGAUUCCCUCACAGAGUGUUGCAUUUGUCCCUAAGGUGGCUCCCAGACCUGCCAGCAGUAUUGCUUAUUCACCAAAUCAGCAAGUUAUCACACAAAAAAGUUCCCCUUUAAGCAGCUCAGCUCCUCAACUUCAUAGAAUGUUAGUUCAGCAAGAGUCUUCUCAAAUUUCAAAGCCAGUCACAGUCUCAUCAGGGUUAGGAAACCAGAGUUUGUCAGUUUAUGGUAAUACAAUCCCAAAAUCUGGAAAUGUAGUAGUUACAUCAAGCCAGCAAUUUGUUCCUGGAGUGGUGAAAACAGAAGUAGUCCAACAAGAGGGAAAUGAAGUGGAACCCCCACCACCAGAGCAACAGUCAACAGUAGAAAGCGUCAACUCUGACAAAUAUGCUGAAGAGCAAAAAAACAUUUUUGUAAAGAGUCUCUUGAACGCCAGUGAUGAAAUUUUAGAAACACUAUCAGCUUUACCUGACCCCUCUUUAAUCACCGAUUUAUUCAAGAAUGCAAAUCCUGGGGAUGAACUACAUAUUGCUCUGUCCGACAAUAUUGAAGAUUUGGGAAUAGAUGAUAUGUCUUCCUUGAUCAUUCCAGAAACGAAUGCAGAGUCCACAGCUGUCCAACAAGGUGACAACAAUGUUGCUGAACAUGUUCAGCAAACAAAUGCUGAAGAAUAUGUACCAGUGGAGUUGGAUCCUGCCGCCCAAAGUCUACGAGAUGUCCAAGGAAUACACAUUCCAGAUUACAAUGAACAAUAUCAAGUGAAUUCUGACAGUUCAUCCCAGCAAAACAUGCAGUUCACCAUGUUGAAUCCAUCUUCUCAUCAAAUUAACGAAGCGUAUGGAGUUAAAGCUGAAAGCAAUGAAGGAGAUCCCAACAAUAUGCCUGGAAAAGCGUCCAUGAUGUCCAAAAAAUGUGGUUCGGUGUUUAAAUGCAUUAUUUGUAGUUCUGUCUUUUCGACGUUAGAAUCCUUGCAAUUCCACGUCCAACGAGUUUGCAAGCCAGAUGAUUCACCCACCAAUAUCCAUGAUACCUUAAAGUUACCAGACAGCAAAUCUGGGGGAAUCAAUGCCAAGACAAUUUACCAAUGUGUCAAAUGUAGCAGCAUCUGCAUUUCAGAGAAGGAAAUGCAGCUUCACACAAAAAACUGCCCAAAGGAUAAUUCUCACUUGUUUGGGGUGAAAAAAUCAGAGCACACGUCAGUCCUUCCUUCAGCUAACAAAGAAUACCAAAGUGUCAAGAGAUUGGUAGAAAAGCAGCAAAUGGAAAUCCAAAGAGAAAAAGAGAUGAUCAAGGCAAAGAAAGAAAAAGAGCAGCAGCUUAAGAAGAUCCAAGCACAAAAAGUUCUGCAGAAACAGAAAGAAUUAAAAUUGAAAAGAGAAGCAGCGAAGUUAGCCAAAGCCCCACCACCACCAAGAUUUAAAGAAAUGACGAGUUCCUCUGGGAAAACCUUUUAUAAAUGUGAUCUUUGUGGCCAGACAUUCUGCUCUCCGGAAGGUGUACAUGAUCAUUGGUUGCCAUGUUUGAAGAAGAAUCCCAUCACUAAACGAAUUAGACGACCAAACGUAGAAAAACAAAAACUUUUGGAGAAUCCAGAAAAGUUUACAAAAAUGAUGUCCACAAUUUUUGAUUCUGUGCAUUUUGCAGUGAAACAUUUAAAGAUCCAUACCAUUAUCAAGAGUUGGAAAGGCCACUUCUUCAAGUGCCACCUCUGCAACGUCAAGUUCAACGUUUACACCAAAUAUGUCUUCCAUCUGAAAGAUCAUGAAACUGAAAUUUUAAUGAAAAUUUCUAAAAUGUUGGGAAAAGAUGGAUCCAGUAAAACUGGUGCAGUACGUCCACAGACAACAGAUAUGAAACUCAGCCUAAUGGCAGCCAGGAAAUCAGUAAAGAAGCACCUGUCACCUCUUAAAAAACCAACACCAAUUAAUCAUAGUCGAAAACUUGGCAGACCAGCCAGUAAAGAGAAGACUGUGGGACUUAAAAAGCACAGAAAAGACAAUAAAUCAGACUCUGAUCAGCGCUCACAGAGGCGGAAUGUACGUGCUGCGCAUACGCAAGCUCUUAGCAAGAUUAAAAACAAUGCUAAUGGUUUUGACAUUCUGAACACUCUUCCCCAUUUCAAUGUUGAUGUGUCUUCAAGUGGACAUUCCAGAAGUUGCAGCCCAGAACCAAUGACAACCAGAAGACAGACCAGAUCCAGAAGGACUACCUUGAUUCGUAAGCCAACCAGAGAAACCGAUGAGGAAUCAUCUCAACCUGAUAUGUCAGAAAAAGAAAUGGAUUUAUCAGACAAGGAAACAGAAAAUAGUCAAGAGAGCAUGGGAAGCCGUGACACAGAAGUGAAGUUGUCUGAUUUAGAAGCUGAAGAAGAAGCUACCUCGGAGACCAAUGACAGUCAGGAUAAAGACACAACAGACCAAGAUUCGGUUUAUAAACCCUCCACCAGUGAUGAUUCACAAACAUCAGAUCACAGUUCCAAUUUGGAAGCCAAAGGCCAAUCUUUCUUGUCCUCCUUCAUGGACUUCAUCGGAGAAGAAACGAAGGAGGAAGAAGUCACGAAUGAAAAUGUACAGACUUCAUCAAGUUGUUCCAGUUUAUUGGGAUACAGAGCCGAUCCAACCCUACAUCGGCAUCUAUACAAAAAUAUUGGGAAGUAUAAAGGAACUGUUAUCCAAGAACCAAAGAAAAUUCAGCGAGGUAGGAGAUCAGUUGCUGCUCUUGAUACUGAAGCUUCAAAGGAGAAACCAAAAGGAAGAUCCAGACGAUUGUCCGACAGUGAUCUACUGACAAAGCACAAACAUCUGUUGAGCAGUUCACAAUUGAGAAUAGUCCUUCAGAAGCUCCCAGAACACUUGACUGAUCAGACGCCAGGCAAAGUUGAAAGUGGACGUACAUCCACCAGUGACGAUACUAUUAUAGAGCGAGGGUUGUCUGAAGAACGUAGACUUGAUUCUCCAGCUGUGAAUUCUCCAUCUGAAGAACGUAGAUUUGAUUCUCCAGUCGUAAAUUCACCAUUUGAAGAACAUACAUUUGAUUCUCCAUCUGUUAAUUCACCAGCGAUAUCAGAAGUUUCAUCAAGAGCCAGAUCAGAAGAGGUAGAAGUUAUAAUGAUGGCAGACACUUCUCCUUCGCAAGUCAUUUCAUGCUUGCUGGGAUCAAAUACUGGAUCGCCUCCCUUGGCAGUUGUUGGUAAUGGCAAUAUUAUGAAAGCCCAAAAGUCAAGCGAAAUAGUUAAAUUGGAUAAUGAAGAGGAUGACAUCAUUUUGAUCGAAAAGAAUUCAGAUGACGAGGAAGAGGUUGAAGAUGCUGAUGACAAUACUGGAGGUGGAGAUCCUGUAACAGUUGGAGCUUCAUUAACCACGUGUAUGGUGGUCAAAGCAGAUACUCCAACAGAAGGAGUAAAGACAUCUUCACCUGAUUUGAUAAUUAUCGAAAACAGAAGCCAACCAGUUAAUGUUUAUCCAAACACUGCCAAAAAUGAAGUGAUGCCAGAGACCAAAGUGGAAAUUAGUCAAAAUAAUGCCACUGAAAUACAUGUAGUGAAGGGUGCUAAAAUAUCUUUAUUAGCAGAUUCAGAGAAGCUUCCAAUAUCUGAGGACAAAAGCGGAUCAUCCAAUAGUCAGACUGCUGAUUCCAAAAUUGACAGCCAAGCCAAUCUCAUUGACAGUAGCACAAGUAAAGAGCCGUCAAAUACAGAACCAUUAACCACCAUUUUCGAUUCAUCUAAAACACCAUCCUCAAACUCAAAGUCAUCGGUUUUAAGGAUGGAGUCAAAACCAGAGUCACCCAUACCAGCAAUCACUUCCUCGGAAUCACAAGAUCUUGUGCCCAUGAAUCCAUCCUCACUUCCUCAACCAGAAUCUCCAAUACCUGCUAUUAAUUUACCAGGUUCCACAGAAUUAGAAAAUACCGAGAACCAAUCAGACUCACCUAUUCCUGCCAUAGAUUCCAAAACACCAACAGUGAUGUCUACUAAUCCAAAGUCUGAAGAACAACUACCUCAACAGUUAGUUCCGCCAGAGGAAAUUCCUGAAAUGAAGUCUAAGACAGAGACACAGGUUCCAAUGAUGGAGUCGAAAUCAGAACCGACAACCCAAAAGAUUCAACUGGAUUCUGCCAGUCCUGCAGUUACCCCAAAUACAGAGUCUCCAAUUCCAGGUGUUGAAUUAAGCUCUGAGUCACUUACCAUUGAUGCUGAUUCCAAAUUGGAGUUUCAAGAUGGAGUCAAGGCUACUAUUGAAUCACCAAUACCUGCUGACAAUUCCAAAUUAAAGACGUUAGCUUCUAAUGAUAAAGCUUAUUCUAAGUCACCAAGUACUUCAGCCAGCACUGAGCGGUCCAUUCCAGCUGUUGAAUCAGUAUCUGAUUUAGAAGUUCCAGCAGCUGAUGUAUCAUUAGAUGCAGCUCCAUCACAUCCACAGAGUUCCAAAUCAGAAUCUCCCAUUCCUGCAUUGAGCUUAGACUCAAAAUCGUCAGUUGUCGAGAUCCAAUCCAAAACAGAAACCGCUUCAUCAUCAUCAGAACCAUCACCAGAUUCUCCCAUUCCUGGAGUAUUCUUAUCAGAUGCCACACAGACCUCCAUCAGCCCAGCUGCUGAUGAUUUAGGACCAGCAUCAGUAACCACUGAAGAAAAGUUGAACAAGCUUUCAAGCAAAUUAUUUGAAGCAUUGACCAAAGAUCUUCCUCAAUAUAUAGAUAUGAAAAUCAUCCACAACUCAAAUGAUGGAGAGUCAGCCAGAUGCAUCCAAUAG